AUGUCCGCUGCCGUCGCCCGGAGUGAUUCGCCAAGCAGAACCUCGUCGCCCAUGGACUCCAAGAACCCCGUAAAAUCUGAAGGAAACACCAGUGAAGGGUCUCCUCGCAAGUCAGACACUGCUCCCCCUACGGACUCCCAGGUACCUUCCACCGAGAACAAAGACCAAAAGCCUUCUACCGAUGUAGAAGGCUCCCAAUCCCUCGCCCCUCCUCCCCGUCCGGCCGCCUCGAGCGCCGCGGACACGCCUGACUACUUCAAUUCCGUCCACAACCCUUUCUCGCUGGAGCCUAAUCCCUUCGAACAAUCCUUCAGCAAUACUUCUUCCGCCGAGACUCCCGGCAAGUCUCUGCUGCCGCCUGUUGCUGCCCUCACGUCGCCUGCACUGCCAGGCACCAGCUCCGCAGGGGGCUACAAUUGGCCGAACUCCUUGCGCUCCGGACCUCUGAGUCCGGCAAUGCUUGCUGGCCCUGCCGGUUCGACUGAUUACUUUGACAGCAUCGGACGAGGGUUCCCUACUCCCAACGAGUCGUCUUUGCGAACCGGGUUGACACCCGGUGGUGGUGGGUCGAUGUUCCCCGCCCCCAGUCCGAACUCGCAGGCCAUCCUCUCUCAACUGCAAAGCGGUGGCGCAACUCCCUCUACACUUGAGUUCCACCGCACCGCUCUCAAUGCAGCGAAGCGGAACGGCUUCAAUGCGCCUACGUCCAACCCGACCACCGAGUCCGAACAGCUCACAACCAUGGAAACUAAAACCUCUCAGCCGGCGGUCGUGGACCCUUUCACUCAUCAUGAUGCUGCCGAUGCUGCCAACGGUCUCUUCAUGCUUGCUAAGGGAGGCCAGGCGAAUAACAACCAAUUCUCGAAUCAAUCCUCUCUGCCUCCGCAGAAUAUCCAGAACAAACCACCAGAACCUGCGCAGGAUGCAAACGUCACCACGCGCGCUUCCCGCACUAACGCAAAUAACGCGGUGACAGGCGACCGUGAGAUGACCGGUGAUGGAUCUGAUACCCAAGGCGACCAGGCCAAACCUGCAGCCAAGGGUAAGGGGAAGAAGAGUACCUCGACCAAGUCCACGACUCCCUCUACCGGCAGACGUAAAGCGGACGACACUGCCGCUAAGGGCUCCAACAAGAAGGCCAAAACAAAUAAUGAAGGCGGGAAUGAAGCUACUCCUGAGCAGGGUGAAUCUGAACAGGAUGAUAAGAAGUCACAAAAGACUGAGAAUAAGGAUCCUAAGAAGAUGACUGAUGAGGAGAAGCGGAGGAACUUCUUGGAACGAAAUCGGUAUGUCUUUGACCUCUCAAGACAGCUUCUCCGCAAGAAGCAGUGGCUUGCUAAUCUGCAGGCCAAGGUUGAACUAUUCACCAGCGAAAAUGAUGCUCUUACAGCAACAGUCACCCAGCUUCGUGAAGAGAUUGUCAACUUGAAGACCCUUUUGCUCGCCCACAAAGACUGCCCUGUAUCUCAGGCACAGGGUCUUGGUCCGCUCCUCAUGAACGGCAUGAAUACCGGGUUCGAUCCACAUCCAUAUAACAUUCCCAACACUAUGGGAAUGCAACCGGGAGGACCAAUCCAUACUCAGGGAAUUCGGAGAUGA